GAGAGCUCUCCUCGCGAUCCCGCGGCGUAGUGUCUUUCCGGACGUUGCGCGUUCGAGACACGUCCAGGACAGGUUCUUAGACGUGCAAAACGUCCUCCGCAAAAGUUCCACCAAGCGACGACGACGUCCCGACACUUCCAACAUCCUCCCACCCCCUAUUUCCCUCUCUUCUAUUUUUUCAUCCAAUCAGUACAAAGCUUCCGGUACCUACUCAGCCAAUCGCGAACGCGCACCCUCCGUUAGUUUCGUAACUGAGCCCGCGUGGAUUUUGACAGUCGUGACGACGUCGUGUUCACGCGCGCCUACGUUGGCAACGUGUUCGUGUGGUCCUACUAACAGGGAACUAGAACUUCAGUUAAAAACCCGGAUGACAAAGAGUAGAUCCGGCUCUUGAGGCUGUUCUGAGUUCCUAAAAUUUGCAAAGAUUCGAAAUUCUCGAGGGAUUUACGGUUAAAGAGUGAUCGUGUUUCUAGAGGUGUGCUGUUCGUUUGUUGUGAACGGGUAACCAUUGCCAAGGUCUUUCCUCAGUCAGCUGAGGAUAUACUUAGGGAUCUAAAGAUUAACCUGGACCCAUAAAGAGGAUCAAUCGUGUCACGGAUCUGUGAGUGGGAGUGAUCAUCAGAGGACUCAAGGACGGAUACUCUCUUGCAUUCCUCAAAUGCAUUUGUACCGUUUACUAUCGUUUUUCCUACUCGCCAUGCGGACGUGAUCAGAGAUUCGCCAAAUCUCUGAUUUAUCUUAAAUCCGAAUCAAAAACCUUAAAUUCUAAAUCUGAAAAGUUCUCUGAGUUCCCAAUCGGUAGUAGUGCAAGUUUACAAGGUCGUUGGUUAGGUUCAAGGAGCACGCCUCCGCUAAUUUCCGAGGCGGAAGCCGACCUGUCGAGUUCUGGAUCUGCCGGUUUCUUAAAUCGGUGUUCCUGGAAAAGAAGAAAAAGAAGAAAAAAGAACUUCAGUGAACGAUAACCCCUAACUGGCAAGAGUUGAUUGGAAUCCGUUCAAGUGCGCUACAGUGUACCUUCAGACAUUAGAGUUUGAACAUUAAGGUUCUUUGUGAGACAGUGUGUUUUUACCAGCUAAGACGAAACAAGUAAGACUCGGUGGUAUUUGAUAGAUGCAUUAUUGAAGUAACCGGAUGAGUUGCGCUAUGGAGUACCAGCAAUUGGCGCCGCCUCCGGUACCGGGAGUGUUGCAUCAGGCGCAUCAUCCUCAACAACAUCAGCCCCCUGGUCCACAGCCCCAUCCUCACAUCGUCGUAGCGCCAGCCCAUCAACAACAAUCGCAACCACCGCCACUUCCGCCAGCAUCACACGCCCACCAAGUUCACGCACCCCUGCCAUCCAUUCAUGCUGAUAGUGCUAGUUCACGUUGGAACCAGUACCAGCAUCUUUGGAGACAACACCCUAUGUACAUAAAUGGAAAACAAGGCAAAGAUGGACCCGAUGAGAAGAAGGAUGCAGAUGGCGAGCUUUGGGGCAACGUGGAAGCUCAAGCCGCCUUCCUCGGGCCAAAUCUUUGGGAUAAAACACUGCCCUAUGAUGCCGACCUGAAGGUAUUAAACCAUUAUGUGGACCUGGAUGAAUUUUUAUCUGAAAAUGGCAUCCCGGUGGAUGGUGUGGCUGGUGGUGGGCAGGGUACGAUGCAGGGCGGCCAACUUCACAAGAUCAACAGCACCGACGUAACUGUUCAUCAGGGACCAGCAGGUCUUCACCUGGAACCUGUGACCAAACGCGAGAGAUCACCAUCGCCCAGCGAGUGCUGUUCGCCAGACACCUUGAACCCGCCAUCACCGGCAGACUCCAAUUCCGAGGACUCGUUACGAAUACAAUAUGGCUUGUCUCUUGUAGCGCUCUCGAUGGCGUCAUCGGGGCGAGAUUUCGAUCCUCGGACUCGCGCCUUCUCUGAUGAAGAACUCAAACCCCAGCCGAUGAUCAAGAAAUCGCGGAAGCAGUUUGUUCCGGAUGACCUGAAGGACGACAAAUACUGGGCGCGUCGUAGGAAGAACAACAUGGCCGCGAAGCGAUCAAGGGAUGCGAGACGUAUGAAGGAAAAUCAAAUAGCCCUUAGGGCUGGUUUCCUCGAAAAAGAAAACAUGGGCCUGCGGCAGGAGCUGGACCGGUUAAAGAACGAAAACAUGUUGCUUCGCGAUAAGCUGAGCAAAUACACGGACGUUUAACUGGGAGAGGUUUUCUGCAACUUGCUCUUCGUCGACUUUUUCUCGUCGCACUUGUAGUCACCAUACGAAACUGCUUCGUAGAAAAAGGCGAAAAUCCCCCCAAAAAAUAUAUGAAAGCAGAAGACGGCAACCUUUUUAAUUAGGAAAAAGGAAGAAAACUAUUUGGAAUACGACAAGCUUUUGGAAUAAGAAAACAGAAGAAAAUUGUCGACAUAAAAAGAGAACAUUUUCGAAAAGUUGUUGAAAAAAGCUGAACUUUUCGAAUAGAAAGGAGAAACAGUCCCGGAAGAAGACUAAGGUGCAGAAUCGGAAGAGCUUAGAGAAGAAGAGGCGGACGAUGAAGAAGAGUGAAGAAGAACGAUAGAGGAUACAAAAAGGCAGCGACCUCAUUUUUCUUUACCGACUUUUUUGCAAAUUUCAAAAAUCCUUAUCGCUGUCACCUUCUUCUCGUCUCUCCUCUUUCCUUUCCUUCCACCCCUUCCUUCCCUUUCCUCACCACACCCCCUCCUCACUUGUACAUAGUUAUAUGUAUAGUUAGAUUAUAUAUAAAUAUAAAAUUAUAAAUGAUAUCGAUAUAUCAUAUAGUAUGAACAAUACUAGACAGAGAAAAAAGAUAUAUUGUUUAAUUGUAUCUGCGCCUACGGGAGAUACUUUCACGCGUAUUUACAGAUAGAUUCUAUAUACAUACACAAACCAACCCUGAAGAGCAAAAGACCGACGUGUAUACUGUAUACUCUAUAGAACUCGCAUAAACAUCUCUAUAUACACAUUAACAUACGAGUUUAAUAGACCUACACACAUGUUAUCCAGGCUCGAGAUAAAGAGACAAAAAAGAAACUCCUGCGAAAUUUGUAUUAUAGUAAUGUAUUAAAUUUUCCUUUAGAAAUGAAGGAAUUAAGUCGUAAGUCAUGGGGAAAUUCAAUUUGAAGCGCUAUUGUGAACAAAAAUCAGUCUUGAUUAAUUAAUUAUUAAUUAAUCUGCAUCAUUUUAUUAUCAUCAAUUACAUUUGUAAAUUUCGCGAUUGUAUCAAUCAGUGUUCCCUCAUAAUUUUUGUUUAAGGAUUUUGUGCCCUAUUCACAAAGUUGUUUCAAAUAAAGCGGGAAAUCAGCCAGGAGUGGAAACUUUUAUGAUUUAUACACUUCCGGCUGAAGAUAUUCUUGGCUAGAAGGAUGUUUAGAAUUUAUAGAGACUCUUUAGAAUUUGAUGGGUCUUCUUUUUUCGAGCCUUUGGAAGCACAAGCGAUUGCAUCAGUGCAAAUUGCUGCUGAAGUGCGUUAGACCGCGCACGAAUAUUAAUGACUACUAAUGCCCAGGCGAUGCUAUGGAUUGUAAAAGUUCGUUAUUCUCUUGAUGCUGUAUGUCCCUCUCCUUCUCACUUUCUAUUUCUCUUUCUCUACUUUUUUAUAUUUCCUCACUGGUUCAUAUUUCAGGGACAAAAAAAUGCGCCUGCAAAAUUUUAAUGGCCUUUUCAAUGAAUUUGCAUGCACUGCCAAAUUUGUAAUGAAGUCCAAUUAAGAGACCAAGCCGUUGUAAAGAGGACUCUCAAUUUUUUUCACAGUCAGGUUUUGAAUUUAGUGUAUUAUUUAUUUAAGCAUUUAUAUCAUUUGAGGUUUUUCAGUUGAAUUUUUAAUUUUUUUUAAAGAGUUGAGUUCUGAAAUAUAAUUUAUUAUUUUACAUCCCUACUUGAAAGGUAUGAAAAUUUCAGGAGAUUUUUUAAAUAACACAGGAAAGUAUUUCAAAUAUAAAUGGUUCAAUAUAAAUGGUUACACCUAUAUUAUAAAAUUCUUGUUUUUAAAUUAUUAAAUUUCAGUUUAGCUUUGAGCUCAUCGCGUUGAUUAUCAUAUUUUACACUUUUCUGUUAUAUCUAAGUUAUUGUUUAAAAAAAUGUAGGUUUUAAGGCUCUCAACUCAUGUACAUAGGCUAAAAAAAGGUUAUAAUUUUGAAAUUUUACAUUAUUUUUCAUAUUUUAAAAUUUGUAUCAAAGUUUUAAAUCCUACUUUAAACUAUUUUCAUGAUAUGUUAUUAAGUUCGAUAGACCCUCGAUAAUUCUCUAUAAUAAAAAGAUAAAUAUUUCCAAAUCUGAAUUGCGAAUUUAAAAAUUCUGGUCCUACUGACAAAGGCAUUUUUUACACAAAAAUACAAAUUUUUAUACCGUUUAUACAUUCUACAUUGAACCAAGUUCAAAUCUGUAUUUGUCAUUUUUUGACAUUAUUGAAAUUUUCAAUUCCAUUAAGACACUUUAUAAAAAGCUACUUAAAUAUUUCAAAACGAGAGUGAAAGGGAAAGAAAAGGACAAUAUGUAGAUUAAAAGAGCCCGUUUUCCGAUUGUUAGAAAUAUAAGAACAAUGAAUAGACGGAGCCCCUGAAAAAUCGUAACGUUAUCUGCUCGCGAGACAAUUCAUGUGGCUUAUCAGAAUGCCCGGUAAAAUCGGGUAAAUGAAAUGGGAUUGAAACAACAAAUUCUACAACGAGAUUGAAUUAGCAAUUUAGUCCGAGAGCCGAAUUCAGUAAAAUUAUUUGUCUCGACUUUCUGUUCCUCUCAAAGGCAUUGGAAGAAUUCAAUUUUAUACGGUCGUCACUUUGAAUUGAAAGGAAUAGAAUCGGGAUUAAUUGUAUAAUAAUAAAAUAAAUACACUGGAUUUUUCGCACAUUUCUGAAAUUUAGAAUUCCAUUUGCAUUGCCCCUUCUUAUCGGUUGGUUAAGAUAAAUAAGUUAUCUCACACGGUGACGGUGACACAAGCGAUUCUAGUUAUUUUAUCUAUAGGAUAUGAUCAAGUACUUUUUAGCCAUAGUUGAGAACUCGUGGGAUUUUCUGUGAGCAGAAAACGUCGGGACGGCGAAAAAGGGAUAGUGCAAGUAGUAGAAAAAACAAAAAUUAAUAAUAAAGAUGAAAGAACAUGCGCACCUGUGUAAGUCAAUUCUCGACCAUUGAAGCUGUUAAAAAUAUAAUGUUGGUGGCUGCGAAUCGAGAAUAAAAAAUAAAUUACCAUCAUCGUUCUUGAAUGCUAGGUCACGGUGGUCUUCUCUUUUUUUAAGUUUUUAGAUGUUUAUUUUGUUCUAUAGAAAAGAACGUGGAGUCGAUAAAAAAUCAUUUAGUUUGUUGCGGUCAAACUUUUUUAAUCGCUGGCUAUUGUAGUAAGGCAUCGUUUUAGCUUUUUGGAUAUUUUCCGUCUUUUCUUUCUGCUGAUAUUAUUUUUCACCAAAGAGCAGAAUCAAAUUAGAAUCAUCGAUCGAUCGGUCGACCGUUGGUUGUGAAGUUUGAUUUUUAAGGCGAGAAAUUGUAAUAUUUAUACUGUGCUUCGCUCAUCAAUCGCGUUUUAUAUUCAUCAUUGUAAUUACAAAUACAAUUUUCAGCUUUCGACGCGCGCACGUUUUUACCUUUUUGACUUUCGCCUAGGACUUGGAAAUAUUUUUUUCUUUAAUUAAUCAGUUGCAUGUUCGCGCGUCAAUUAACGAUUUUUUUUUAUCGACACACGACUCGUACGAAAGCUGUGGAAAUUUGUAGUCGCUGAGUUCCUCUAGCUAGAAAAUUGUGCAGUCAAGCGAAAUUUGUAUUGAACGUUGCUUUGAGAAAAGUGGAAAAACAUCGAAUUUAUUGAACUUUAUAUUAUUCAUUCUUAUUCUUUGGACACAAACUCAAUCAGGGACUAAUUUUAUAAAAAUGAAGGGUAAAUCGAAUUUUCGAAAAAUGCAAUUGCUCAAUGCCUAUUUCGUUUUGACUAUGUGGUCUAUUACGAGCGAAAAUGCACGGUUAAUUAUUUAGCACAAUCGGAUAAUAGCGAUUAUGUAAAUGAAGAAAAAAAUUGUAGGAAAUUAGGCGUAGCGGUGUUUAAUAACCGCUCAGCUUAAGAAAAUGUUUGUAAGUAAAUUAACGCAAUGAGAUGUAGAUGAAACUAAAAUGGAAUUUUUUGAGACCAUGCCGUCAGGACGUAUGUCAUCCGAUCCACACUAAAAAUACGAACACACAACCGUAAACAAAGCGAUGUGAAAAUGACCACCAUGAAAAUUUUGUGUAUCACAUUUCGAGAAAUAUAUGUAUUUGUUAUUGUUUUAAUUGAAC